UGAAUUUUCUCCGCUCACACAAGAUUUUACUACCAGAUAACUUCUCCAACAUAGAUGUCUUAGAAGCAGAAGUAGAAAUUCUGGAAAUCCCUGAGCUUACAGAAGCUGUACGGUUGUACCGGAUGAAUAUGGUGUUGCAACUAAAGCCAGGGCCACAAAGAGGCCUGCGUAGCCUGGAGUAGGAGGAGCCCAACCUGGGUGGCUGUUCCCGGACCUCUUGUCCUCCUCCGAGCCCUGGGAAGGGGGUCCGUACAGCUAGUGUGGAAUCUGUGAAACCACUGUACAUGAUGGCGCUGGGCCUGCUGGUCAAGUACCCAGACUCUGCCCUGGGACAACUUCGCAUUGAGAGCACUCUGGAUGGAAGCAGACUGUACAUCACAGGGAAUGGUGUCCUCUUCCAGCACGUCAAGAACUGGCUGGGCACUUGCCGGCUGCCUCUGACUGAAACCAUCUCUGAGGUGUAUGAGCUUUGUGCCUUCCUGGACAAGAGGGACAUCACCUAUGAGCCAAUGAAAGUGGCUCUGAAGACUCAUCUGGAGCCGAGGACUUUGCCACCCAUGGAUGUGCUCAAUGAGGAGUGGACAGCAGGGAUCACUAUAUAUUCACCACAACAGAUCAUCAAGCUUUAUGUUGGAAGCCACUGGUAUGCAACCACCCUUCAGACCCUGAUGAAGUAUCCAGAACUGCUAUCCAACACUCAGAGAGUAUACUGGAUCACCUAUGGACAGACCUUGCUCAUCCACGGUGAUGGCCAAAUGUUCCGACACAUUCUCAACUUCUUGAGACUUGGAAAACUGUUUUUACCAUCAGAAUUUAAGGAAUGGCCUCUCUUCUGCCAGGAGGUGGAGGAAUAUCAUAUUCCAGCCCUCUCAGAAGCCCUUGUACAGUGUGAGGCAUACAAGUCAUGGACUCAGGAAAAAGAAUCUGAAAAUGAAGAAGCUUUUCCCAUUAGGAAGCUGCAUGUGGUGACAGAAGGGACAGGGCCAAUGGUAGAGUUCAGUAGAGACACCAAGGAAACCACAGCUUGCAUGCCUGUGGACUUCCAAGAAUGUAGUGACAGGACUCCAUGGAACAAAGCCAAAGGAAACCUGACAAGGUCCAGCCAGAUGGAAGAGGCUGAACAGUAUACCCGGACUAUUCAGGUCUCGCUAUGCAGAAAUGCCAAGAGGGGGGGAAAUCCCAGCACAUACUCACAUUGUUCUGGCUUAUGUGCCAACCCCAGACACUGGGGCAGUCACUCUGAGAGUCCUCCCAAAAAGAAGUGCACCACUAUAAACCUCACACAGAAACCUGAUGCUAAAGACCCUCCUGUUACCCCCAUGCAAAAACUCAUAUCUUUGGUAAGGGAAUGGGACAUGGUCAACUGUAAACAGUGGGAAUUCCAGCCACUGACAGCUUCCCGGAGCAGCUCUUUGGAGGAGGCUACCCUGCAUGUCCCCUUAGGAAGUGAGGCUGCUUCCCAACCUGGUACCUCAGCUGCCUGGAAAGCUCAUUCCGUAUCCUCAGAGAAGGAUACUGGUGCCCAGCCUGGGCCUGGUGCUGGAGUGAAAGACAAAGGUCCAGAGCCAAUCUUUAAGCCAUACUUCCCAACGAAGAGAGCUGUCACCCUAAAGGAUUGGGGCAAGCAGAGGCCCAAGGAGAGAG